ACCCACCCCUCCCCCCCCACCCCCAACCUCUCAUCACCCCGGAGCUACCGACUCGGCUGCUGUUGCCUCGGGGUUUCAAUAUUUAAAACAACAACAGAUCCGUGCCGGGAUAUUAGGGGAGCGGGAAGUGUCCGGGCUUGAGGCCUCCGAGCCGGGGACUCGCCUCUGAUGUGAGGGCGAGGGGAAGGAGAAGGGGAACCUGGGAACUACUGGGCGGCGACGUUUUUCCUCUUGCUGCUGCUGGCGGCGGCGGCCGGGUGCUGGCAACUUGUGGUGUGGGUGUGAGAUAUCAGCAUGUCAAACAACGCAAUCCCCCCGCGAUGGCUGCAUUGUCCGAGGAGAGGACAACCGGUGGCAGUGCUACCACCGAUUGCUCUGUCACCAGCAUUGGCUAGAGGCAUACCUAGUACAAAGGAAGAUGCUUGUAGUUGUUGGAGGCCAAUCAUCUCAAGCCCCAGGACAUCGCUGCAGGAGUUCCUCAUGGCAGUACCCUCAACCCAGCCAUUUUCUGUUGGCUUUGUCAAUAAUCUUCCCUUCAUCGAAAAUUUUUGCCACUGAAGACCAUGUUAGGAGCAAGGUAUGAUGAUCAAGUUCCUGAGGAGAAUCGAUUCCAUCCUAGUAUGCUUUCAAACUAUCUAAAGAGCUUGAAGGUGAACAUGGGACUCUUAGUUGAUUUAACAAACACAAGCAGGUUUUAUGACAGGGUUGAAAUAGAGAAAGAAGGAAUUAAGUAUGUUAAACUACAGUGCAAAGGACAUGCUGAGUGCCCCACUGAAGAAGUAACAAACAUGUUCAUUCGUUUGUGUGAGCAUUUCAUAAUGCAGCACCCCAUGGAAUUAAUAGGAGUACAUUGUACGCAUGGCUUCAAUCGAACUGGAUUCCUUAUUUGUGCUUACUUGGUGGAGAAGAUGGAUUGGAGCAUUGAAGCAGCAGUUGCUACUUUUGCUCAGGCAAGACCCCCUGGCAUUUAUAAAGGGGAAUACCUACAGGACCUUUUCAGCCGCUAUGGUGAAGUAGAAGAUGCUCCACCCCCACCAGAAAGACCAGAUUGGUGCUAUGAGGAUGACGAUGGAAAUGUUGAUGACGAUGGAUGUAGGAUCAGUAAAGAUUCAGAGCCUGGCUCUUCAGGCUCCAACCCAUGCAAAAGGAGAAAAGAACGCAUUAAGUUGGGAGCAAUUUUUCUGGAGGGCAUGCAAGUUAAAGGUGUGACACAGGUGACAAUCCAAUCCAAGUUAGGAGAGAUCCAAAGGAAAUGUCAGCAGUACUGUGGAUGGGAAAGGGCAGGAUUUCCUGGAGCCCAGCCUGUUUCCAUGGAUAAACAAAACAUUAAAUUUCUUGAACAAAAGCCAUAUAAAGUCAGCUGGAAAGCAGAUGGAGCACGGUAUAUGAUGAUUAUUGAUGGCAAGAAUGAAGUGUACAUGCUUGACAGAGACAAUUCAGUGUUUCAUGUAGCAAACCUGGAGUUUCCUCUUCGGAAAGAUCUUCGUAUUCAUCUGACUAACACCCUAUUGGAUGGGGAAAUGAUCAUUGACAAAGUUGAUGGAAAACCUGUUCCUCGGUACUUGAUUUACGACAUAGUAAAAUUUAGUGGGAAGCCAGUUGGUGACUGUGAUUUUAAUGUUCGAUUGAGCUGUAUUGAAAAGGAGAUAAUACAACCACGGCAUGAAAAAAUGAAGAGUGGGCAGAUUGACAAAACAAGGGAACCAUUUAGUGUUCGAAACAAGCCAUUCUUUGACAUCAAUGCUGCAAGAAAGGUUUCUGCCAAGCUCUCCUUAUUCCUUAGUGAUUGGAAGCUGCUGGAAGGAAGCUUUGCUCGUGAAGUCAGCCAUGAAGUGGAUGGACUGAUUUUCCAACCAACUGGGAAGUACAAGCCUGGUCGGUGUGAUGAUAUACUAAAGUGGAAACCUCCAAGCCAUAAUUCUGUUGACUUUCGUCUGAAAAUAACAAAAGUUGGAGGAGAAGGGUUGCUGCCACAGACUGUAGGACUACUAUAUGUUGGCAAUUAUGAACGCCCUUUUGCACAGAUGAAGGUGAACAAAGAACUAAGAAUGUAUGAUAACAAGAUCAUUGAAUGCAAGUUUGAGAACAACAGCUGGGUUAUUAUGCGUGAAAGAGUAGACAAGAGCUUCCCAAAUUCCUAUGACACAGCUAUGGCUGUCUGCGGCAGUAUCACUAAUCCAGUUACAAAGGAAUUCCUGUUUGAAUUCAUUGAAAGGAAUCAGAUGCAAUCCCAAAGAGAGCCAAGGAAAAAGUCUCUGGAUAUGGACUCUGAACUAAUGCCACCACCUCCUCCGAAGCGACCAAACCAUGCUUUGUAAGCGUCGGAUUUGUAGACAUUGCAUCUCUGUAAAAGGUUUCAAAUACAGUCAUUGUUUUUGCAGGUCUGUAUACACUGAUAUCAAAACUAUCCUCUCUGGUGGGGGUGGUGGGGGGUGUUGGUGGAGGGUGAUAGAUUGAGAUUGCCUUUACCAUCAUUAGAUAUUUCCCUCUGAAUUCAACAAACUGUAAAAUGUAAAAAUCAUUACUUAUUAGGAACAAUUUUUUAUUUGUUUUCUUUAAAUAAUAACAGGUCUCCAUAUUUCAAAAGUUGUUUGUGGGUUCUUCUUUUGUUACUGCAUUACAAACCCUAGUCCCUAUUUUAUAUUUGCAAGAGACUACAAAUAUAUAAAAGUUUCUUCUAUGGAGAAAAUCAUACUUUUUUUGUUUUUCACCCUCUAGAUCAGUUGAUUCAAAGCACUCAAUGCAGUGAAGCUAUUUUGCUCGCUAUUAUUUUUGCAGUCUGUCCUGGAUAUAAGAUGGAGACUAAAUUGUCAUACAGUUUUCUAAUUUUUUCUUUUUAAAUUUAAUGUACUUGAUAGCUUUAAUAGACAAACUAUGCAGGCCACAAAAUGAAAGAAUUCUAUUCAAUAGGUUUAUUUUGUGCACUGAAACAAUACUAGAGUGUGGUAAGUGAACCAACUUUCUGUUAAUUGAAUAAAGAUUUCCCCACUCAUUUCUCCCCUCCACCCCAUCUCACCCCCGCAACUACUCCACACACACACACACACCACAUGUAUUUGCUUUAAUUUAAAAAAGGUAGGCUUAUCAGCCUGAGUGCUUCCCCCAUUCCACUUCCCAUUUGCUGGCUCACUAAGUUUCCUGUUUUCUCUUUUAAAUGUAGGGGGCUUGAUGUAAACAAUUGCAAUAAGUAAAAUACAGAACCUUCUACCUGCUUAAAAUGGAGUGUGUUGGAUUAUGUAAUUUUUAGAAGAACUUUGUUGCAUCUUUUUUGUCUGUUAAUUAAUAAAGAAAGAUGUUUUGA